AUGUCAGUCAAAAGCUAGCCGAAAGCACAAUUCAGGUUAUGUGAGCUCUGAAGAACUGAUUCACUGCUUGUAUCCAAUACGCCAAAAUGUAAGUCCUCCGUAUUAAGGCACAUAAAAUGAGCUCAGUAAAUGGACCAACUGCGACGAGCAUGAGUUCUUCCUCGACCGGAAAGCCAGCGUUAAUACGCCAGGAUCGUACUUCCACUUAUCUUACGAGUCCCCUAUCUCCAACAAACUCGUCUUGGAUCGGAGGAAAGCGUAGUGUCGGGAAGAUAAUGCGAACAGGAUUACGGCCAGGUAGUACGAUAUUGAAGUAUAUGAAGAAUUCAAAUAAACAGCAAACAACCCAGAAAAUUAGAGUCAGACCAUUUAAACAGCAACAUGCACACAAUCAAUUCGAUCCAACUCCUGCAAAAUUUCUCAAAACCAUAUCAAUAACGAAUUUGAAUACGUAUCAGACAUUAGAAAGGUAUGGUAAUCCGCAAUAUCAUGGGAACAUCAUCAUAUCAGAAUCUUUCUUGUGGUAUUUCUACCGUGUACAAAAUCGUUGUCGCGUUUCGUAACUGUAGUCGACGAGCAUCAUACGCCUCUCUCCACUACAGCCAGUGUUGGUAUGGACCGCUCAACGUCGAAAGACAGUGUCAAAGUGCCUUUCAACAGGGUAACUGUCGAUUUCCACUCGGCGAUCAACAAAACGCCCACCGUCUGUUUUGUUCCGUCACCUACGAAUGGAUCUCGCAUAAUCCGUCAAAGCUCUCAGCCAGAGUCCAGUACCACACCAUUUGUUGUGGAGCACAAGCUCUUGCGGGCACUCGCACACCGUUCGAACGUUUCUCUGAAGAUUUUGCGAGAUAGUGCGACCGAUGGAAUUGCAGGAAUAGCUGCCGAUUCGUUACCAUAAACGGUGGUAUGCGACCUUUCAAACAGCUCCGCAAACCAGCAUCCACUCUCUCAAUUCCUGGCUCGAUGAAAACACCUUCUAUAGCGAAUCGAGAACAGAACUCAUCGGGAUGCAACGAAGAAGCAGCCGAGGCCCUAGUGGGUAUCCACUCCGAUUACCCCAGGUAUGAAAUGUAUAUGGAGGAACGAGCUCUUACUGGCGGUAAUACAUCCAGGAAGCCGUCAACGAUUUCAGCAAAGCACAAACCCAACGUUGGAUACCGGCUUGGUAAAAGAAAAGCUCUAUUUGAGAAAAGGAAACGCAUUAGUGAUUAUGCCUUGGUAAUGGGCAUGUUCGGUAUAAUCGUUAUGGUGAUUGAAAACGAAUUGAGCAGUGCUGGGGUUUAUACAAAAGCUUCAUUUUACUCAACAGCGUUAAAAACGUUAAUAUCUGUUUCGACUGUGAUUCUUUUAGGUCUUAUUAUAGCUUACCAUGCUUUGGAAGUGCAGCUGUUCAUGAUAGACAAUUGUGCAGAUGAUUGGCGGAUCGCAAUGACAUGGCAACGAAUUAGUCAAAUAAGUUUAGAACUUUUUAUAUGUGCAAUUCAUCCAAUUCCUGGCGAAUAUUAUUUCCAAUGGACCACAAAAUUGGCAAAUAAAAAUAAAACUAUGGGCACCGAAACGGUACCUUAUGAUGUGGCGUUAUCAUUACCCAUGUUCCUUCGGUUAUAUUUAAUAUGUCGGGUUAUGCUUCUUCAUUCGAAAUUAUUUACGGACGCAUCGUCGCGGAGCAUAGGAGCCCUCAACAGAAUUAACUUUAAUACGAGAUUUGUUCUAAAGACUUUAAUGACAAUUUGUCCUGGUACGGUGCUACUAGUUUUCAUGGUAUCCUUAUGGAUUAUUGCUUCAUGGACUUUGCGACAGUGUGAAAGGUUUCAUGACGAAGAACAUGCAAAUCUUUUGAAUGCAAUGUGGCUGAUAGCAAUAACAUUUUUAAGUGUCGGUUUCGGUGAUAUUGUACCAAAUACGUACUGUGGACGUGGUAUUGCCGUCAGUACAGGAAUAAUGGGUGCCGGUUGCACGGCCUUGCUUGUCGCCGUCGUUUCGAGAAAGUUGGAGCUCACCCGGGCUGAAAAACAUGUUCACAACUUCAUGAUGGAUACACAACUAACGAAAAGGCUGAAAAAUGCAGCGGCAAAUGUUCUUCGUGAAACUUGGCUCAUUUACAAACAUACAAGACUAGUAAAACGGGUUAAUCCCGGACGUGUAAGAACCCACCAAAGAAAGUUCCUUCUAGCUAUAUACGCGUUACGAAAGGUUAAAAUGGAUCAACGAAAACUAAUGGAUAAUGCCAAUACAAUAACAGACAUGGCGAAGACUCAAAACACAGUCUACGAGAUUAUUUCGGACAUGUCGAGUCGUCAAGAUGCUAUUGAAGAGCGACUGACAAAUUUAGAGGAUAAAUUGCAGUCAUUGCAGGACCAUUUAGAGACCUUACCUGACGUAAUAUCUCGUUGUCUAACUCAACAUCAAGAAAGGAUAGAACAACGCAAGAACUUUCUACAUCCAGAUGCAGCAGCUACUUCAGUUCAGGCGUCGCCACAGUCCCUGUUCAACGCAUCUCCGAUGUUAUUUCCCCAUUCAAGAAGUGUUCCCUCAUCCAAUAAUGUUGCUGCAACAUACCAUUGGCCAACCAGUCCUAUUUUGCCACCUGUAUCUAGUAGAACUCCACAUUUAGUGCCUGAUACUCACAUGCCAUCGAAUGGAUCUGCCGCAGUUAAUAGCUACGCAUCUUCCAAUAAAUAUGGCAGCUGAAUAGAAGAAAAUGAGUGCUCCACGCCCGUCACAAACAUCGAAAUGCCUACCAUUAUGAUACCACUGUCACUAACAUCACAUACGUUAAAGAUUGCAAAACCAGAAAAUAUAUUUACCGGGGUCAAAUGCAAUUCCGAUUUGUCAUCAAAUGUCGGCCGAAGAGUCCCUAAUGCUUUACAUUUCAUCAUGGAGACUACAAUUUCCGAAGACGCCGAAACAUACGCCAUACAAGAUUCGCCGGAUAGUUCAUCAACAACAACACAACUACAAAAAGCACACUCGGCAUCACCAACCGUAUGCACAACAGCCGCGACCAUGGCUGCCAAUAAAUUCACCAGGAAGAGAGAACGUCUAUAUAGUAGCUAUAGCUUUAUAAAUAACGGUAAUAGUACUAAUUCUAACGAUUUCAUUUCUAAAACGGACUACUUUAAGCCUUCUUCGAAAUGAAAGCGACCAAAUAAUUUAAUAUAUCACCUAGUUCUAAUUUACGCACAUAUGUACAUGUAUACACAUCUCCCAUUGCGUUAACAUCUUUAGAUAUGUAAGUUUUAAUUUAUUAUGAUCGGUCAACAAGGGUAAUCUUUGAAACAUGGAACAUACAUACAUAAACUUAUGUAUUACCAUAUAAAUAUACCUAUAAUUUAACUGUAAUUAUGUGUUUUUACAUACUGUAAACUUGUAUAUUCUUAUGUAGUACGUAUGUAUAUAUAAAUAUUCAUAAAUUAAAGAAACGCUACACAGAAAGUACGAAAUAAGAUAUACAUACGUACAUGGUGGAAUUACGUCCAAAGGUGGCACUUGUGUAAAUUUUGACAGAACUUGCUUUGAUAUUUUCAUCUACACUGUUCAAAUUCCCUUUACUUUUACUUAUAUAUUAUAUUACAUAUACAUAUAUAUAAAAAUUAAGUGAAUUUACAACUUAUUUUAUUAGUUCAUUGAACAAAAAAUUACUUGUCCUUAUUAAACACAUACUGACUCCUUUAGAACUUUGUUGUGAGGAAGAGAAAGCUAUAUCGAAGAGGAUACGGUAAAAAGAAAGCAUAAAUGUUACUAAUUGUGAAUUGUCUUGUGCUUUCUGGAAACUUAAAGACUGAAAUUCGCUGGAUGAUUCAUAUGCACAGGAUGUUUAAAACAAUAUUGUACAUAAAUUUUUUGGGUUUUGACGAAAUUAAUAUUCACUAGUUAUCCCUUCAACUAUUUAAAUAUUACUUUAAUUUUUUUGUACUUGAAAUUUCGCCCAACCACUAUAUCACGUGAUGAAUUUAUUAUGAUACACCUGCUUAUGAUUCCACCAUGGUUCUGUUUCACAUUCGAAAUGUACGAAUAUAUGGUGUAUUAAAAGUUCAUCAGUGCACAAUCAUAGAAACAUCUUAUAACAUUCGAUUCUGGAGAUACAUACAUACGAGCAUGUGCACUAUGUGGAAAAAGAACAUCAACGAAAAAAAAUGCAAGGUUUGUUUCUGAAUAUUGGACCAAAACAAUUGUUUUCGAGAGAUUGAGUCAUAAGUGAAAAAGAAGCCUCCAAAAUCGAAGUAUGUGACUUCGAUGUUCGAAAUUAAGCUUAUUUCAAACAUUCUUAAUUAUAGUACAUAAGUUAUUAAAAAAGUAAAUAUAAUAUAUGGACACAAUCUACUCUUUCUUCUUAUUUCAAAGAGGUAUAAUAUUCUGUCAGUCUUAUAUGAUAGAUGCUAUAUGUAAGUGACCAAAGUUAGAUCUUCGAAAAAAUUUUAGCUUUUAGUUUUUUAAAAUUUCUAGCCUAAUUUUUGGAAAUUUGAUAUUGUUGGGAAUGUACGUGCUGUGUUUGUUCGUGUAUAUGUGUUUACCAUUGCAAAGUGGUCUCGCUUGUAUGGGGUCUCAGCCAUUAAUACUUUUAGUGUUUUUUCGUUUUGAAAUUUUCACCAAAAAUCUAUAGAAGUAUGAUAUGUAUAUAUAUAAUAUUAUAAAAAAUUGGGCACAUCGUACGACUAUAUCCACAUUUUCAAGAAUAUUCGCAUUGAUUGGUGGUACUCAAAAAUAGUGAUAACAAAAAAAUUAACCAAGAACAACAUUUAAAUAUUUUUUACAUACUUUUUACUUUCUUUAUAUACUUUUUACUUGACCUAAUAUUAUAAUUAGAAAGCAAACAAAAAUUUUACAAGUAAUUUUCAUAUUGUCUCCUCUCUAUAGUUGACUUUAAUAGCGUUGAUUUGUGGUUAUAAGCUAGUUUUUGUUGCCCAGUAAUAAAGGAUCAGACCUUAAAAGCAAUUUGUUCAUUAAAUCUGUAUUUGAAGCGACGCGUGAAAUUUUCUGUAUAUGUUGUAAUCGGAACCUUUUUGUAUCUUUAAUCCUUGCCUGCCAGCUUCUUUAGAAAGCUCUCCAAUCGGAACCAAGGAAUAUUUUAUAACUUCAAAACCAAGAAGUAAAAUUGUAUGCACCGUUGGAGGGAAUUAAAACCAGGAAUAUUUUCCAGCCAGCUGCUUUGUAGUUU